GUGACUUCGAUAGGCGGACGUGGCAAAAGGCGGCAUAGAGCAAGCAGCAACAGGCGACAGGCGUCGGCAAACCGAGAGUUGUACCUCCCAACCAACAACAAAAAAAAAUAAAUAAAAAAAUAAAUAAACCCAAAAACAACAACAACAGGCACUCAUCCUUCAUCGUCGGUUAAAAAAAGCAUUGCCACGCCCCAAGCAGCGCUUUUUAAGGCGCACCGGCCCCACCAUUCCCAUGCCAGCCCGCAAGGGGCUGCUAGCGCCCCAGAACACAUUCCUGGACACAAUCGCCACCCGCUUCGAUGGCACUCACUCGAACUUUGUGCUCGGCAAUGCGCAGGCAAAUGGCAAUCCAAUUGUUUAUUGCUCGGAUGGGUUCGUGGAUUUGACAGGAUAUUCACGCGCGCAAAUUAUGCAAAAGGGCUGCUCAUGUCAUUUCCUUUACGGACCGGAUACGAAGGAGGAGCACAAACAGCAAAUUGAGAAAAGUCUCUCCAAUAAGAUGGAACUGAAGCUGGAGGUUAUUUUCUACAAGAAGGAAGGUGCUCCGUUCUGGUGCCUCUUCGAUAUUGUACCCAUUAAGAACGAGAAGCGGGAUGUGGUGCUCUUUUUGGCCUCCCACAAGGACAUCACGCACACCAAGAUGCUCGAGAUGAAUGUGAACGAGGAAUGUGAUAGCGUUUUUGCCCUUACAGCUGCACUGCUGGGCGCGCGGUUCCGGGCCGGCUCGAAUGCCGGAAUGCUGGGCCUGGGCGGACUGCCCGGAUUGGGCGGUCCUGCCGCUACCGACGGCGACGCGGAGGCGGGCGAGGGCAACAAUCUGGACGUACCUGCCGGCUGCAACAUGGGUCGCCGGCGCAGUCGUGCGGUCCUCUACCAGCUCUCCGGGCACUACAAGCCGGAGAAGGGCGGCGUCAAGACCAAAUUGAAGCUGGGAAAUAACUUUAUGCAUUCGACGGAGGCGCCAUUUCCCGAGUACAAAACCCAGUCGAUAAAAAAGUCACGCCUGAUUCUGCCCCACUACGGCGUGUUCAAGGGCAUCUGGGACUGGGUGAUUCUGGUGGCCACCUUCUACGUGGCACUGAUGGUGCCCUACAAUGCAGCCUUUGCGAAGGCCGAUCGCCAGACGAUGGUCUCCGAUGUGAUUGUGGAGGCGCUCUUCAUAGUGGAUAUUCUGCUGAACUUCCGCACCACUUUUGUGUCCCGCAAGGGCGAGGUUGUCUCCAAUUCGAAGCAGAUUGCCAUCAAUUACUUUCGUGGCUGGUUUGCCCUGGACCUGCUGGCCGCCCUGCCAUUUGAUCACCUGUACGCCUCCGAUUUGUACGACGGCGAGGAGUCACACAUCCAUCUUGUAAAAUUGACGCGUCUGUUGCGGCUCGCUCGACUGUUGCAAAAAAUUGAUCGAUAUUCGCAGCACACGGCCAUGAUACUGACAUUGCUGAUGUUCUCCUUCACGCUGGCCGCUCAUUGGUUGGCCUGCAUCUGGUAUGUGAUAGCGGUCAAGGAGUACGAGUGGUUCCCCGAGAGCAACAUUGUAUUCUUCACAGGUUGGCUGCAGCUUCUGGCGGAGAGAAAGAAUGCCUCCGUGGCCAUUUUGACCACGGCGGAAACGUACUCCACGGCCCUGUACUUCACCUUCACCAGCUUGACUUCGGUGGGAUUCGGCAAUGUUUCGGCGAAUACAACGGCCGAAAAAGUCUUCACCAUCAUCAUGAUGCUUAUUGGCGCCCUGAUGCAUGCCGUGGUCUUCGGUAACGUGACUGCCAUCAUCCAAAGGAUGUACUCCCGACGUUCGCUCUACGAGAGCAAAUGGCGCGACCUAAAGGACUUUGUGGCCCUGCACAAUAUGCCAAAGGAACUGAAGCAGCGCAUCGAGGACUACUUCCAGACAUCCUGGUCGCUCAGUCACGGCAUUGACAUAUAUGAGACGCUACGCGAAUUUCCCGAGGAGCUUCGUGGCGACGUUUCCAUGCAUCUACAUCGUGAAAUAUUACAGCUGCCGAUAUUUGAGGCGGCCUCACAGGGCUGCCUAAAACUUUUGUCGCUGCACAUAAAGACGAAUUUCUGUGCACCCGGCGAGUAUCUGAUCCACAAAGGCGAUGCUCUCAACUAUAUCUACUAUCUGUGCAAUGGUUCCAUGGAGGUGAUCAAGGACGAUAUGGUGGUGGCCAUUUUGGGUAAGGGAGACCUCGUGGGCUCCGACAUCAAUGUGCACCUGGUGGCCACUAGCAACGGCCAAAUGACCGCCACCACCAACAGCGCUGGCCAGGAUGUUGUCGUUCGCAGCAGCAGCGACAUCAAGGCGCUCACCUACUGCGAUCUGAAGUGCAUCCACAUGGGCGGUCUGGUGGAGGUGCUGCGUCUUUAUCCGGAGUACCAGCAACAGUUCGCCAACGACAUCCAGCACGAUCUGACCUUCAACCUGAGGGAGGGCUAUGAGAACCAGGACUCCGACAUCGGUCCCUCGUUUCCUUUGCCCAGCAUCAGUGAGGAUGAUGAGAACCGCGAGGAUGCAGACGACAAUGCCAAAAACGAUAAGGAUAAUGGUGGGGGACCAGCCCCUGGAGCCUCGCCUUUGCACAACUUGAGCAAUUCCCCGCUGCAUGCCACUCGGUCUCCUCUUCUGGGCAUGGGGAGCCCGAGGAAUCAGCGGUUGCACCAGAGAGGACGAUCCCUAAUAACCCUGCGGGAGACGAAUAAGCGACACAGGACACCGCUUAAUGCAGCCUGCAGCCUGGAUCGCGGUUCCUUUGAGGAGCCAGAGCCCCUGGAGGAGGAACCGGGAGGCGGCAAGCGGCCAUCCUUGGAGCGGCUGGACUCCCAGGUGUCCACUCUCCAUCAGGACGUGGCUCAACUGAGCGCCGAGGUGCGCAACGCUAUCAGCGCCCUGCAGGAGAUGACCUUCACCUCGAAUGCCAUGACCUCACACAGUUCUUUGAAGUUUCCGCCAGCCAGGUCUAUUCCAAAUAUCUGUGGUCUGGCACCCACAAGAGCUGGGGACUCCGUGGAUCACGGCUUGAUGGGCGGACCUUUGGGCGGCAUUAUUGGUGCCGCUGAAAUGGCAGCAAUUCAGAGAUCAUCUUCGCAUCCGCCGGAAGUAUGGGGCAGGGAUGUCCAGCUGCCCCCGACGAAUCCAGUCGCCUCCAAGCCUGCUUCUCCGGUGGAACCCAGUAAGACAAUGUCCAGUAGAAGCUGCCAAACGGAUUUCUAUCGAAUAGACUUUCCCACAUUUGAACGCUUCGUGUUGGCCAAUCCUCGCUUGGUCUUGGGCCUCCUCGGCAUCGAACCCACGAUCAAAAACGAGAUGGAGCUGCUGCAGCAAAAGCAGACUUUGCAGAUAUCGCCUCUGAAUACAAUAGACGAAUGUGCUUCGCCAGCGGAUCCCAAUUUGGCCAGUUCCAAGGAGAGAUUGAUUGGAUCCGCUCCGACAACGUCACCUGGAAGGAUUUAUCCACCUCUGGACGACGAGAACUCCAACGACUUCCGCUGGACAAUGAAGCAUUCCGCCAGUCAUCACAGUUGCUGCAAAAGCACUGAUGCCCUUCUGAGUCCUGAGGAACCUCAGCCUCCACCGAUUACGCAGGAGGGGAAACCUCCAGGAAUGGCUGCCACUUCUGGCCAGGAGACACGAUCCAAGAGGAGCUGUCGCCGCAGCGCCAGUGGCAGCAACUCCAGCCUGUCCAGCACCAGCUCCAGCUCGAAUAGCUGCCUCGUCAGCCAGAGCACUGGCAACCUGACCACCACCAACGCCUCGGUGCACUGCAGUCUCAGCAGUCAGAGCGUGGCCAGUGCGGCCACCACGAGGAGGGCUUCCUGGAAGCUGCAGCACUCGAGAAGCGGCGAGUACCGCCGCCUUUCGGAGGCCACCGCUGAGUACUCCCCCCCUGCCAAGACCCCUGUUCCAGUUUCCGGCUUGAGCUACAGCGGUGCGGACGAGGAGGAGAGCGUGGAGCUGCUGGGCCCGCGACGGAAUUCCAGGCCCAUCCUUUUGGGAGUGACCCAGAAUCAGGGUCAAGGGCAGGCAAUGAAUUACCGAUUUUCGGCGGGGGACGCCGAUAAACUGGAAAAGGGUCUGCGGGGCCUUCCAUCCACACGCUCACUGCGAGAUCCCAGCGGCAAGUAGGAUGGGAUGCCUGGAUGGGGUGCCCUCUACAUGCAACCCGCCAACACGCGUGAUUUAUGUCCUAAUUAAUACUGAAACACAAAGACGCUUGUAUAUUUAAUAUCUCUAAGAUACACUCACACACACACGAGUUUGGUUGUUCAUUUGCUCCCCCCUGGAAUUGUACCUAUUAGGCACACAUACAUAUUAUGAAGCAUAUCAGAGAAACAAAAGGAAUAUCUCUAACAGCCACGAAUUAUUUAUUUUUGUAAACCGCAUCGGGAAUCGUUAAGCAGUUUGCUCCAAAAAGAAUAAUGAGGCAGUUAAGGUUGAAGAGGCGGAAGUACAAAGCUGAGAGACCUCCUAAACAAUUAUAUAUAUUUUUCAACAAAAUAUAAAAACAUAUAUCAGAAAAUAGAGAAAACACAAAUGGUGAAAUCUUUGAAGUCAUUUGGGAAGUUUUUUGGGAAUUAGAUGUGUGAUUCCUUCGAAUAAAUAUUGAAAAGUAAAUGUCUUCAAAGUAUUAGUAUUUUGUUCAUCCAAGCCUUAGUUAAACAUUUAUAUUAUUCGUAUAUAGAGUAUAAAAAUUGGUAGACAUCUAAGUUGGAAAUCCAUUCUAGUCAUUGAUAAUCGACAAUCUUGUGCUAACCAUAUAAUCCAACGGGCAGGGAAACACUUCAAAAGUGAACUCUCUGGCUUUUGGUGAAAAAGUGAUUUUGUGAUUCCAAGCACGGAGAGGCAACUGACAGCUCAAAAUUCAGUCGGUGGAGGGCUUUUUCUGGGUUAGUUAGUAGUUGGCUAAAACCAAGAGUAAAUACAAAUCUAAAAACUAUAAUCAACUGUAAACGGUGUACAUUUCAAACAUACCUUAAUUAUCCAGAUUGUAUAUAGAUAUCAAUCGUAUGUGUACAUUUGCUCCCAAAAACUAUAAAGACUUGAGCUUCAUUCUAUCUUUGAUGUAAGCAUUCUAUGAUAAUAAGUGUAUAAGUUUUAUAUGUGUUUAGAUGGAAACAUAUUUUAGCCAAGCCAUGGCAGUUGGCCUAUUUAAUAAGCAGAAUUAUUCGGUUGAGAUCAAGGCAAGGUAUUGUAGUAAGAAAAGAGAACCUAUUAAACGUUUUUAAAUGUUUUAAACCUAAUGUUAUUGAGACUAUAU